AUGCCCGACCCAUUCUUCCAAUCCGAAAAGAAAAGGAAACGUACCAACCGAGCUGGCCCAUCCAGGUCAAACGGCGGCGAGGGACGACCAUUACCUUAUGGCAAAGGACAGAAAUCCAAAUCGUCAAGGCGAGCAGAGAAAGAUGAGGAGCUUUCAUCCGACGCUGAAGGGGAGAAUGGAGGAGGCGAUUUAGAUAUGAUGGAUUUCAGAGCUGGAAGAGAAGAUGUUCAUUUCAGUGAUGAGGAAUUGAUAGAUCAGAAUGAAACUGCCGCUGAGAAACGAGUAAGGCUGGCAAAAGGUUAUUUGGCUAAAGUCAGAGAUGAGGUCGAAGCUGCCAACGCCAAUACAGAUUACGAUGCUGCCGAGAUUGACAGGGAGUUGAUAGCUUCGAGACUGCAAAAGGACGUUGCCGAACAAUCAGGCAAAAUACAUCUGUACAUAGCAUCCAAUACGACAAACGUUACAACCCGAUUCCUACCUACAUCACCCCACGUCCCCACUUCUGCCGCUAUGACACCUAAAUAUCUAUACGUCUCGACGAAACGAGGGUCAAUCAUCAGAUAUGCCACAUCAACGCUGAAGAAGAUAGGUAAACUUUUUGGACAAGCUGUAGGAGAAGGUGGCGGACAUAAAGGCGAGAUAUUAUGUAUAGCCGCAAGUGAAGAUGGAAAAUUUGUAGUGACAGGAGGUAGGGACAAGGUCAUUGGAGUAUGGAAUGUUGAAGGGGAUGAACCUGUUUGGGUAACAGGUCUGAGAGGUCAUAAAGAUGCUGUCACGUCUAUUGCUAUGCCAGCGUUAAACAACCCAUCUCAUCAUAUUCUCUCAGCAUCCUUAUCUCGUCAUUUGGCCUUACAUUCUAUAGCGACUUUGUCAGUAAUUGAUACAUUCUUUGGUCAUCAAGAUUCCAUACCGUCUGUGUCAUCCUUGAAACCCACCCUGGCCGUUACAGCUGGAUCGAGGGACAGGACAUGCAGAUGGUGGAAAGUUGAAGAGGAAGUACAGCUGGUUUUUAGAGGUGGUGGUAAAACAAGAUCAGACCAAACUGGUUUAUUGCCGGAAGAAAGGAAAGAAAGGUUAGGAGGAGGUUGGACAGAAGGUGUCGAUCCUGCUGAAGAAGCUAAGAAGGAUAGGAAGGGGAAAGGAAAGGAGUUUGUGGAAGGUAGUAUAGACGUAGUGGAAAUGUUGGAUGAUCAGCAUUUCUUAUCUGGUGGUGAUAGCGGCUCGAUAUCAUUAUGGCAUAUAGGAAAGAAGAAACCCAUCUUCACCAAAGCGUUCGCCCAUGGGUUGACGGAUUUGGUGGAUAGCGAAGAUUAUGCGAUCACCGGUCCAAGGUGGAUAACGGCCCUGGCGGGAUUAAGGGGAACAAACUUGUUUGCAUCUGGUUCUUAUGAUGGCCAAAUCCGAUUUUGGGCUCUCGAUCCUUCAUUGAAGAAUUUCUCGGCAAUAUCGCUCACCAUUCCAAUAAGAGGAUUCAUCAACUCAAUCCAACUUCUCUCUUACCCUACAAAUACCAUCCAACCCUCAUCAUUCCCCGAGUCAGCUGAUGCUGAAAGUGAAAAGAGAAGUAAGAAUGAUAUAUACAUUGUAGUUUCACUAGGCCAAGAACCUAGAUUGGGCAGAUGGAUGAAUGAUAAGAAAGCGAAGAAUGGUGUGAUAGUGGGAAAAGUGGAACUUGAUGACGAAGGGAGGAAGUCGAUGAUAUAG